GAUCGGGUCCAGGGGUUUAGGGUUUUGGGGUUUUAUGUCUGUUGAUGUCCGCUCGCAUCGCUUCCUUUUGUUCCUCUGCUUCAGCUGGACUGUCUUCGCUCACCAGCUGAGCUCGGAGGCCUGCAAGCAUCGCAAUGAAAUGUGGAGGUGACGGGGUUUGAGAGAGAAAUCUCUUGGAGAAGAACCUGUGCAAGAGAUUGGAGCAAGGUUUGAGUGGGGCUGGAAAGAAUAUAAGGUAUGGCGACAGUGCACACUUCGUUGUGUGCAGCCAUUCAGGCGCAAGCACUAUGCCAGGAUCAGCUCCGGCGUAAUUCGUCUUCGGCUCUUUCGUCUCACAAUUCUUGCACUUCUGGGAAAAGAAUUGCCCGUCCGUAUAUUAAACGGUGGUGUACUAUUGUCCCGAUAAGUGGGCUUGUGAAGUGUAUAUUUUCAGAGAAAUAUUCAAGAUUUUAUUGUUCGUUGAGCGACCGCAAAGGACUAUGCGGACGAGGUAGAAUCUCGCGCAGUCUAAGUUCGGUGCAGACUUCAUCGACGGUCGGUCACAAGGAUGUCUGGGAAGGUUUCAAUCCAGAUGAUUAUGAGGAGAGGGAGGAGACUGAGGAGGAGGCUCGCAGGCGUAACUGGGUGGAAAGAGGGUGGGCGCCAUGGGAAGAGUGGCUGUCACCUGAGGGACAAUUUGCAAUAGACAGUUUGGUCGCCGGAGAAGAGGAGCCUGCUGUCUCAUGGGAGAACUUUCAGAAGUUGAAUCCGAAAUGGCAGGAAGAGCAUCGAAAACGGCUCAUUGCGGAGGCUGAGAGAAGGGAGAAGGAAUUGGAUAAACGGAAGCCUAAGAGUAUCGAAGGCACCAUGUAUGAUCAGCCUCUCACAUUUACAUUGAUACCACCUAGAGAUUGGCCUCCUCCUGAUUGGAAAGUUGAUUCCAAAGAGCUUGCCUUCAUUCGUGAAGCUUUCGCCCUGGAAAACGUUGUGCCGACUGAAGAAGAACUGGCUGAAGCGGAUAAAGAAGAACUUGACGAAGAAAAUCAUGAGUAUGAAAUGCCGAGGUGGAAAACGUUUUUGAAUCAGUACAACGAAUGGGUGGCAGCUAACAAGGAUCGCCUUGAUCGGGAAGCAGAAGAGGUCGAUCCAGAAUACUAUCCUGGGAGGAGACGCCUUGGAGAAAAAGCUGAAACCGAGGAUGGCUCAUAUCUGUAUGAGCUGCCUUUCAUCUACCCUGGACAGCAUUAUUGGGGUGUGGUCACAUGCGUUAGCUUAUAUGAAGGAGCGUUCGUCUUUUUUGGUGGAGUUCACGAUGGGUGGGUACCCAUCAUGGAUAAUGACUGGUAUUACAUACGAGACGUUAUCAAACCUGGCAUGCGCGUCCUAGUUGAAGUAAUUGCCAAGAGAGAUCCAUAUCGAUUUCGAUUUCCAAUUGAGAUGAGAUUCGUGGACCCCAACAUCGAUCAUUUAAUAUUCCGGAGAUUCAAACACCCACCUAUUUUUGGACGCGAAGGAGAUCUUAAUCUUGAUGAAGUCGCGAGAGAUUCCAAUAGACCCUAUUACCCGAAGGUUCGUCAAGAGAAACCUGCUGAGGAUGGUCAAACGAAGCCAGUUCAUCCUGCAAUUUCUAAGCUGUGGCAACUACACCAAGCUGAACAGAUGGUGUUGGACCAUGAAGAAAUGGGCGGUAACCUUGAUGACGAGGAAGAGUUCGACGUAUCCGGCUUUGAUAUUUUGCCUUACGACGAGGAUGAGGAUGAAGAUGAGGAUGAAGAUGCGAAUGAUGUGGUAGUCACAGCUGAAGAGGAUUUAGAAACUUUUGAACCACAAUGGUUCCAGAAUGGACUUGACGAGAGACGUGUUCCAACGCUUGUCUUGAAUACAAAUCCAGAGGAUCUUAAUCUGGAAAGAGCGCGUGCUGAAAGAGAGGAGAUCAAACGGCUAAUGCUAAUUGCAGAGGAAAAGGGAGAGGAAUUUAUUUGUCCUCCGUUGCGAUUCGAGAAAAGAGUGGAAGAGCUAAACAACAUGCACAACCAGCGAACCAAGGAGGAGUUUGAAGCCCUGCGACGAGAUAUUGCAGCCCGGAAAGAAUUAGGAUUACCAUUAGAGGAGCCUGGUCGUUAUGCUGAUAAAACGAAAUGGGGGAAGAACCCCUAUGAUCCGAACGACCCUCGAUUUAGGAACGAUUACUGGGGUGAUCCCUCAACCCUGAAGGAUGAGAUUCGCCGUGACAGGGAACCUCGUGUGGCCACUGUGGUCAGCGAAACUGCUGUAGUUGAAGACAUAGAGGAAGUAGAGGUGGACGAGACAGAAGAACCCGUUGCCGAUGACCCAUCAACAAUGGCAAAGAAAACAACCAAGAAUAGGGAUGGCUCAGUUUCAGUAGAUGAUGUGAGGACAAUGUUCACCAUGCAACCGGAGGAUUAUACUGUAGCACCUGACGGAGCUGACGAUGAGUUGGAGGUAGAUGCAAGCGAUUUGGAUGAAGAUAUAGCCGACAGUGGUAUCGACAUGCCUGAUAAUAAUAGGUAGUUGAUCAGAUGAAUGAUUGUCUCUUUAAAAGAAAUUAAUUUUCCAGUUAUUUCAGAGAGAGAAAUCAAUGAGGACGUUUAACUGCUGUUCCAUUCAUGUUCUUGCAUCGGGUGACUCAGAGCACAGGAUAUCAGGGCUCAGAUAAGAUUAAUCGUUUUUACUUAUGUCUGGAAAAUUGGGUGAGCUUGCUUGGGUUGGAAUAACUCUUGCCCAGGUUCUUGUUAUGAAUCCCAUUCUUAGAUUCUGACAGCUACUUUUUUUCGA